GAUGCCAGUGCCCGGCGCCCGGCGCGCCUUCGCCGGCAGCCUGCCCGCGGCCUUUAUACCGAGCGGGCUGGGCACUCACUAAUGUUUAACUCGGGGCAGAAACUUGGGAGCGCAGAGUGACUCCGCGGUCCCGAGCUGCGGAGCUGGACGCGGGUCUCUGCGGCUCGCCUGACUUCUGCCUGCGCUCCUGCUCCGAACACUCAGUUCCGGGCCCACACCGACGAUGAAGACGCCGUGGAAAGUGCUCCUGGGACUGCUGGGGCUCGCUGCGCUCGUCACCGUCAUCACCGUGCCCGUGGUUCUGCUGAACAAAGACAGUAAGUUUGAAACAUUUGCAAAAGAUAAGACAAUUGGAGACCAGGACCGGGCAGGAAACUUGUACUAUAAGACUUACAACCUCUUCAGAGCUGUGGUCCUGUGGUGGCCAGAUUCAGGAUUUGUUAGCUCACCAACACGUCUGGAACAGUCACUGCGUGUCAGGUGUUAUUUAAAUGAUCGAAGUGCUAUGGAAGCACUAAAGGGCAAUGAUAAAUGCUGUCCAGGGAAGUCUGUACAGAAACCAACCAGGCAUAAAGGAUUAAUAAUUAAUGGAUCCGAAUACAAUCCUUCCAAUAGUGGAGCCACGAGACUGCCUCCCAGGCAUGCAGUUCACCUGCCUGUUUCGUCCUCAACUAUUACGGCUCCAGAUUCUGUAGGAGGACUGUGUCAAACAGAAUGUUUCCGGCUGCAAAACAAUUUAUGUCUUUUUUCAGAGGAAAUCUUCAGUGCCUACUCUGCUCUGUGGUGGUCUCCAAAAGGCACUUUUUUAGCAUAUGCCCAAUUUAACGACACAGAAGUCCCGCUUAUUGAAUACUCCUUCUACUCUGACGAGUCACUGCAGUACCCAAAGACUGUGCGGAUUCCAUAUCCAAAGGCAGGAGCUGUAAAUCCAACCGUAAAGUUCUUUGUUGUCAAAACCGACAAUUUCGACCCAAACACCAACGCAACUCCAAAAGAAAUCUCUCCUCCUGCUGCUAUUUCAACAAUGGGGGAUUACUACUUGUGUGAUGUGACAUGGGUAAAUGAAGAAAGGAUUUCCUUGCAGUGGCUCCGAAGGAUUCAGAACUAUUCACUCAUGGGUAUUUGUGACUAUGAUAAUUCCACCAACAGUUGGACAAGUCCAGUGGCACAAGAACACACUGAAAUGAGCACCACUGGCUGGGUUGGAAGAUUUAGGCCUUCAGAACCUCAUUUUACCUCCGACGGGAAGAGCUUCUAUAAGAUCAUCAGCAACCAAGAUGGCUACAAACACAUUUGCCUAUUCCAAAUAGAUAAGCAAGGUUGCACAUUUAUUACAAAAGGAGCUUGGGAAGUCAUCGGGAUAGAAGCUCUUACCAGUGAUUACCUAUACUACAUUAGUAAUGAAUAUAAAGGAAUGCCAGGAGGAAGAAAUCUUUAUAAAAUCCAACUGAGUAACUACACAAACGUGACAUGCCUGAGUUGUGAGCUGAAUCCAGAAAGGUGUCAGUACUAUUCUGUAUCAUUUAGUAAAGAGGCAAAGUACUAUCAACUGAGGUGUUCAGGCCCUGGUCUACCCCUCUAUACUCUGCAUAGUAGCAGCGACGAUAAAGAACUGAGAGUCCUGGAAGACAAUUCAGCUUUGGAUAAAAUGCUGCAGGAUGUCCUGAUGCCCUCAAAAAAACUGGAUUUCAUUAUUUUGAAUGAAACAAAAUUCUGGUAUCAGAUGAUCUUGCCUCCUCAUUUUGAUACAUCCAAGAAAUAUCCUCUACUAAUAGAUGUAUAUGCAGGCCCGUGUAGUCAAAAAGCAGACGCUGUCUUCAGACUCAACUGGGCUACUUACCUUGCAAGCACAGAAAACGUUAUCGUAGCUAGCUUUGAUGGCAGAGGAAGUGGUUACCAAGGAGAUAAGAUCAUGCACGCAGUCAACAGAAGACUGGGAACAUUUGAAGUUGAAGAUCAAAUUGAAGCAGCCAGCAGCGUGAGCUCGGAGAGGUUCGUUAAGCUCUCUGAACCUCAGUUUCCUCAUCUGGAUAAUGGGGAUCAUCAAGCCUACCUCACGGGGUUACCAAAAGGCUUAAAUGGGACACCUGUGCCUGCCCGGAGGGAGGCUUUCAAAACAUGGCACCUGCCGCCAUCAUCGUCCUCAGGAAGCCAGUUGUCCUUCUGGUUCCUCGAUGGCACAAGGGGUGGCUUAAAAAUUAAUUCAACAGUCAUGAGCAGAGCUGAAAAUUUUAAACAAGUUGAGUACCUCCUUAUUCAUGGAACAGCAGAUGAUAACGUUCACUUUCAGCAGUCAGCUCAGAUCUCCAAAGCCCUGGUGGAUGCUGGAGUGGAUUUCCAAGCAAUGUGGUAUACAGACGAGGACCACGGAAUCGCCAGCAGCACAGCACACCAGCAUAUAUAUACCCACAUGAGCCACUUCAUAAAACAGUGCUUCUCUUUACCCUAGCGCCUCAAAACAGCAUGCCCGACCUUAUUAAAAGCCAUUUUUGUUCUAUCUCAAAACUGCACUGUUCAGAUGAUGAUCUUAAAAAGUACACUCAAAUCAAGAAAUUCAAGGUUACCUUUGUUCCCAAAUUUCACGUCUGUAACCCUAAGUAGGGACUUCUGUCUUCGCAACAGAUUAUUACCUUACUGAAGUUUGAAUUAUUCCGUCUGGUUUUGUUUAUUAUUUAAAAUCAUUUCCACAUCCGUUGCUGAAAAAACAAAUAUGAAUUGUUUUUAUGGGAGCUUUGCAUAGGUUCCCAGGGAAGCAUUAUAUUCUUUUCUAACUGGACCAGUCCAAAUCUCGUUCUCUUCUUUAAAGGGAUGGCAAGAUGCGGGCAGUGAUGUCACUGAGGCAGGGGUAAGAAGGGAAGGGGGAGGGGAGGGAAGGAAGCUAAUAGGCCUGGCUGGGAACCCACGUCCGAGCACGAUGACCUGACCAGGCAUCUUCUCUUAGAGAACAGCUGCUCACAGGCAGACUGGCACGGUUUUCUGAGAAAGACUAUUCAAACAGUCUCAGGAAAUCAUCUCUGCAAAGCACUGACUUCUGAGUAAAACCACAGCAGUUGAACAGACUCCAAAGAAAAGAGAGGGAAUCUGCCAACAGUGCGAGGCCCCCAGGUGUGAGCUCCUGGCUAUAGGUCCUACAAACCCACAGCGGUGGGGAGGCGCUGUAAACGUGCCUUAAAACUACUGGUGUCUCCCAGGGCAAGGGGCAGCUUGGAACGGAGAUGUGAACACAUCAGCUCGCCCUGCUAAAAGACGAAGAUAUUUGUAUCACAAAUUCGAACUUGAAUUUGUCCUUGCAUCAGUUUUUCUUAGUUCAUUUCGUGGAGCAUCUUAAUGAAAAGGAUAUUUUAAUGUCCUUGGACUUGUUUUUAAAAAUCGAAAAUAAACUACAAAGUUAUGUAUUGUUAUUCCCAUUCUACAUACUGUGGAAUUUCUCCUGGUCAUUUAAUAAACGUUCCCGCAUUUUUUCAGA